AUGCUUGUGAAGCUUGGAAAAGUCCCAACGGUCAUAAUUUCUUCCUCUGAAACAGCAAGACAAGCUCUAAAAGACCAUGACCUCAAUUGUUGGCCAAGAGAGCUCUCUUACAACUAUGUGGACAUUGCUUUCUCUCCUUUUGAUGAUUACUGGAAAGAAGUAAGGAAGCUCGUAGUUCAAGAACUCUUCAGUACUAAACAAGUUAAUUCGAUUCAACCCAUCAAGGAAGAGGAGGUCAAGAAACUGAUCGAUUCAAUGGCCGAAUCAGCCUCUCAGAAAACUCAGGUUAACUUGAACGAAAAAUUUCUUGCUUUAACCGUUAGCGUGCUAUGCAGGGCAGCAUUUGGUGUGAGUUUUGAGGGCACUGUGCUGAGCAAUGGUAGAUUAAAUAAGCUAGUCCGUGAGGCAUAUGAGAUGUUGGGAAGCUUCUCUGCCUCAGAUUAUAUUCCGUAUGCUGGUUGGAUGGUCGACCGGUUCUCAGGUUUAGAAGGGCGAAGAGAUAAAAGCGUUCAAGAUCUCGAUGCAUUUUAUGAACAAAUGUUCGAUUUACAUAAAGAAGAAAAAGAAAAAGGGAGUGAAGAUUUUGUGGAUGUGCUCUUGAGGUUGGAGAAAGAAGAAACUGUUGUUGGAAAUGACAAGUUCACAAGAAAUCAUAUCAAAGCAAUCUUGAUGAACAUUCUUUUAGCAGGUAUGGACACUUCUUCAAUAACAAUGACAUGGGCAAUGGCAGAACUUGCUAGAAACCCUAGAGUAAUGAAGAAAGUUCAAUCUGAAAUCAGGAACCAAACGGUGAACAAAUUCAUGAUCAGCUUGGAUGACACAAAUCAGCUAAAUUACUUGAAAAUGGUGAUCAAAGAAACAUGGAGGUUACAUCCUCCAGUACCUCUUCUUGUUCCAAGAGAAGUAAUGUCAGAAUUUGAGAUCAAUGGCUACAAGAUAGAACCCAAGACACAGCUUUAUGUAAAUGUAUGGGCGAUCGGGUGUGAUCAGGAUACCUGGAAAGAUCCAGAGAUGUUUCUCCCUGAAAGGUUUAUUGAUAACAACAUCGAUGCAAAAGGAAAACACUUUGAGUUGUUACCGUUUGGGAGUGGCCGAAGAAUAUGUCCUGCAAUUUACAUGGGAACCACAAUGGUGGAGUUUGGUCUUGCGAAUAUGUUGUAUCAUUUUGAUUGGAAGUUACCAGAAGGCAUGGUAGUUGAAGAUAUCGAUAUGGAAGAAUAUCCUGGACUCACCGUGAGCAAGAAAAACGAGCUACUACUAGUUCCUAUGAAGUACUUCGAUCAUUGA